AUGAACUUGGCCAUGAGAGGUUCCCCUCUCAGCUCCGGAGCCAUCCGCCGGCUGGCAAGAGCACCAACGCCAUCGCUUCAAUCAGCGCCGCGAUUUUCAACAGCGUGCGGCUUCACCCCGACUUCGGCAAGCCGACUCUCCGCCGCGGCCUCGCCGAGACCUUCUCCGUUCCAGCACGGUUCGCGACGCCCCGCCUCGACCACGAUCGGUAGCGGCGACAGCACCACCGCGAACACCACGGCUUCGGGGCCGGCGGCCAAGAGGGUGUUGUACAGCGGGCACCAGCCCACGUCCCCCCUGCAGCGGACGGCCAUGGCCGGCUGGGCGACGGUGACCGCGCUCAUGGACCCAGAGCGGGCGGACAUGGUGGCGACCCUGGGAGAGGUGACGGGCAGGCUGGCCCUCGAGCAGCUCUACAGGUCCAUGCUGGCUGACCCAGAAGGGCGGGAGAUCCUCCGGGCGAGACCGGUUAUCAACGAAGCCACGGUUGACCUGGCCGCGCUUGCGGCCCUUCCCGAUGGCACCUUGGGGAAGAGCUACUCCAACUUCAUGAAGGAGAACAACUUUUCUCCCGAUGGUCGCAGCCCGGUGAAGUACGUGGACGACCCGGACCUGGCGUACGUGAUGCGCAGAUACCGAGAGGUCCACGACCUGUGGCACGCGCUCACCGGCCUUCCCGCGACGGUCGAGGGAGAGCUGGCGCUGAAGUGGUUCGAGCUCGUGCAGACGGGGCUGCCCGUGUGCGCCCUGUCGGCGGUGCUGGGGCCCCUCGCCCUCCCAAGCAAAGAGCCGCCGGCACCGACAACAACCCCCUCUUCCAGCGACAGCAGCGGCAGCGGCAGAAAGCGGCGGGGGAGCCGUGAGGUACUGGCGCGUACGUUCGUCCCGUGGGCCAUCCGGGCGGGGAGGAGAGCCAGAAGGCCCCUGGUGUGCGUGUGGUACGAGAAGCGGUGGGAGCAGCCGCUGGAACUGGUGCGGAGGGACCUCGGGGUGGAGAUGGCGCCGCAGAGAGGGAAGGGCGGCGAGGCUCCACGGUAG